GCCAUCAUGCUGCUCCUGCCAAGCGCUGCAGACGGCCAACGCAUCGCCAUCACCCACGUUCUGACCUCGGAACUGGAGGAUAAGAAAGAGUUAUCAGAGGAGUCAGAAGAUGAAGAAUUGCAGUUAGAAGAAUUUCCCAUGCUGAAAACACUUGAUCCCAAAGACUGGAAGAACCAGGAUCAUUAUACAGUUCUUGGACUUGGCCAUGUAAGAUACAAAGCGACACAAAGACAGAUCAAAGCAGCUCAUAAAGCAAUGGUUUUAAAACAUCACCCAAACAAACGGAAAGCAGCUGGUGAACCAAUAAAAGAAGGAGAUAAUGACUACUUCAUUUGCAUAACCAAAGCUUAUGAAAUGUUGUCUGAUCCACUGAAAAGACGAGCAUUUAACAGUGUAGAUCCUACUUUUGAUAACUCAGUUCCUUCCAGAAGUGAAGCAAAGGACAAUUUCUUCGAAGUAUUUUCUCCAGUGUUUGAAAGGAAUUCCAGAUGGUCAAGUAAGAAAAAUGUUCCUAAACUUGGUGAUAUGAAUUCAUCAUUUGAAAAUAUAGAUGCAUUUUAUUCCUUCUGGUACAAUUUUGAUUCUUGGAGAGAAUUUUCUUAUUUAGAUGAAGAAGAAAAAGAGAAAGCAGAAUGUCGUGAUGAGAGGAGAUGGAUUGAAAAGCAAAACAGAGCAACAAGGGCACAAAGGAAAAAAGAAGAAAUGAACAGAAUAAGAACAUUAGUUGAUAAUGCAUAUAGCUGUGAUCCAAGGAUAAAAAAAUUCAAGGAAGAAGAAAAAGCCAAAAAAGAAGCAGAAAAGAAAGCAAAAGCAGAAGCAAAACGGAAGGAGCAAGAAGCUAAAGAAAAACAAAGACAAGCUGAAUUAGAAGCUGUUCAGUUAGCUAAGGAGAAAGAAGAGGAAAUGAGACAGCAAGCGUUGUUGGCAAAGAAGGAGAAAGAUAUCCAGAAAAAAGCCAUUAAAAAAGAAAGGCAAAAACUUUGAAACGCAUGCAAGACCUGGAAUCACUUUUCUGACAAUGAGGCAGAGCGGGUAAAAAUGAUGGAAGAAGUGGAAAAACUUUGCGAUCGGCUACAACUAGCAAGCUUACAGUGCUUGAAUGAAACACUCACAUCAUCUACGAAAGAAGUAGGAAAAGUUGCUCUGGAAAAACAGAUAGAAGAAAUAAAUGAGCAAAUUAGAAAAGAGAAAGAGGAAGCUGAAGCUCAUAUGCGACAAGCAUCUAGGAAUGCUGAAAAAUCAAUUGGUGGAGGUGGAAACGGCAGUAAAAAUUGGUCUGAAGAUGAUCUACAAUUACUAAUUAAAGCUGUGAACCUCUUUCCUGCUGGAACGAAUUCAAGAUGGGAAGUUAUUGCCAAUUACAUGAACAUACAUUCUUCUUGUGGAGUCAAGACAACUGCCAAAGAUGUUAUUAGCAAAGCAAAGAGUCUCCAAAAACUUGACCCUCAUCAAAAAGAUGAUAUAAACAAAAAGGCUUUUGAUAAAUUUAAAAAAGAACAUAGAGUGGUACCUCAAGCAGACAAUGCUACACCUUCAGAACGAUUUGAAGGGCCAUGCACAGAUUCCACCCCUUGGACAACAGAAGAACAGAAGCUUUUGGAACAAGCUUUGAAAACAUAUCUAGUAAAUACACCUGAAAGAUGGGAAAAAAUAGCAGAAACGGUGCCUGGCAGGACAAAGAAGGACUGCAUGAAACGAUAUAAGGAACUCGUUGAAAUGGUAAAAGCAAAGAAAGCUGCUCAAGAGCAAGUACUGAAUGCAAGUAGAGCCAAGAAAUGACUUCAUGACAAUCUUUGUUGUGUGCAUUUUUAUA